AUGCGGAGCCCCAUUGGCGAUCAAGAAAUCCUGGCCAUCCUUCGGGACCAGGGCGGUUCGAAAGGGAGGUUGAUGGCCCCGGCUUGUGGAGCGUACCACGAGUCCCAGCGUACGGAGACCAAGGCUGCCCAGGCACUCCCGCCCUUGCCACCCUUGCCACAGCAGAAAGACGAGUCUGUCAAGAAAGAUGAGCCAAAAGCGAAGUACCAGCUAGCGCUAAUAGGAGUCGAACCUAAAUCGACUUUAACUAAGAAGUCGAACAAGCGUGUGAAGACCACCCACCAGGCGCCCACCUUUUCCAUGCCGACUGGGAGCAGGCUCCCCUCUCGGGGGUCCACACCAAUUAUCUCUGCAUUCCUGAAGGGACUCACCGGGCAUGUACCCGAUUCCGUGGAGAGCCCCUUGGCUCGCAAGACCCGAAGAAACCUGUAG